AUGAGCAACCGCUUCUUCUUCAGCAACUCCGACUCGGGCUCCGACCUCGACGACAACGACGACACCUCCCUUCCGUUUCCAAAACCUCUCGACCGGUCAUCAUUCCUUGCUCCAGACUUCGACGCGGCAGUCUUCCUCUCCAGUCUGUCAAACCGCUUUCAGACCCUCGAGGAUCUGCAGACAGAACUCCGCGACCUGAGCCAGACUCUCAACAGGGAACUUGUCGACCUGGUCAAUGACAACUAUCAGGAGUUCCUGUCCCUAGGGAGUACGCUUUCCGGUGGGGAGGAAAAGAUUGAGGAUAUCAGGGUGGGCUUAUUGGGGUUCCAGAGGGAUGUCAAGGGUGUCAAGGACUUGGUGGAGCAACGGAGGGAAGAGGUUGCAGAUUUGUUGAAGCAGAAGAAGGCGAUCAGGCAGCAGACCAGUGUUGGGCGGGCGCUGCUUGAAGUGGCGGAACGAUUGGACGCUUUGGAGGAAAAGCUGAAUAUUGCGAAACCGAAAGUCGUUGGGCCGAUCCACGAGGCUCAGGUCGAAGAGGAUGGCGAACAGCAAUGGAGCGAGGAAUGGGUAGAGGAAACGACGAUCAAUGAGCGCGACGACGAAUACGACUCGGACGAGACUAUGGGCAUGACAGUACGUCUGAAGCGCAGGACGGAAGAAUUUCUCAUCUUGAAGCAUUUGGUGGGCAGGCAUAGUCCGCAACAUCCCUUUAUGUUGGCACAGGAAGGCCGCAUAAGGAAGAUCCACGAGAUUCUUUUGUCGGACCUCGAUAUGGAAAUAAGGCGCGAGCCCGAAGUCAAGACCAAACAGCAGAUGCUGCAGGUUCGUGCAGCCAUCGCAGAGUGA